AAUUUAAUGUUCCAUUACUCUUUUGUAAAAAAUACGACUUUCUUGUCAUGACGGAGUUUAAAAGGAAUACUAAUUUUAUCGUGUAGUAGCUUCAAAUGAAGAUUGACAAUCUCAAUUACUGUACUUCGAUAGUUUACAAUGUGGAUAUAAUAGUCGUAGUUUACAUUUGAAGUACGCAGGUGUGCAUUGUGGCUGACUGAAUAACCUUUCUGUUUUAAAUUUAUAGAACUGGAAACGAAGAUAAUAGAGUCAGUAAUUAAGUUAUACAAUGUAUUAAAGGAUAUUUAUUAAAAGCUAAUUAUACUUGAACUUCCUGUUUCUGAGGUACGAAGAUUAAUUACCUCAUUUGAUAAUCUUUUUCAGUUUACUUUAUUUCUCAGAUUCGCACGGUCCUUAAUUUGUCAUACACAAUGGCAAGAGGGCAUGCGGUAAAGGCAUAACGGGGGAACCGGUCCCUGUAGGGCACGCGACCGUCAUUCCUAACAAGCCCAUCGCGUGGUGUAUCGUCCAUAUUGUUUAAUCUUGGGACAUUUCAUAUCCGGACGUUCAUCUAACCAUCUGUUGCUUACGGACAGAGACAGCUGAUUUAGACUUAUAUACAUUCGAUAUUCCCACGCCACUCGAAUGACACUUGUCGCGCAACCUGCCCGUUUUGCGUUGUCGCUGGCGAUAAUCAAAACCGUGAGAAAUGAAGGGCGCACGUUGUUCUAUCGAAGGUCAAUCCAAUCACAUACGAAACCCUUCCGGUUUCAGUAGCGUCCGAUCGACGAUUUAGUCGUAUAGGAAGGGAAAACGAUCGUAAGCGAAAAGGAAGGGGAGUGCGCAGUAGUUGGAACAGCGGUCUAAGCAUUGUUCCCACGAGUCGGUGGCGAGUCGGUUUUCCCACGGAUCUCCGAUGCAGUCGACUGCACCCCACAGCAGUCAGUAGUUUGAGUGGGACAGUGAACGUACGUUUCCUAAAUAUCCUGUGCUGAUGACUGACCAAUACUGAUGACUGCACUUUCCCUCGGUGCUCGAUGUGUACAAAUGAUACCCAUAUGAACACAUGGCUACGAGACAAUGAAUGAUGUAGGAAUAUUCCAAACUGAGGAACCAUAUGGGUAUCCUGUAACACACAAUUAUCAAGAAGAAAACAGAAAUUUUGAUGUGUCAUCCUCAGUACAAAUUCCACAGUAUUCUGUGGUUAUCUCAAGUCCCAUAACAACACCUUCUAGCAAUGCAUCUGUGUAUUCACUUCCUAUCCAAGAUUCUAAUAGUCAUAGACAGAACAUGAUGAUGGAACUUGGUCAGUCACAACAUUCUCAACAGUCUGUGAAUCAUAUGCAAAUUAAUGGAGAUGUAUUAGGACAUCAUAAUUCAAACUCUUUACUUCAUUCUCAAACACAACAUAAUGCUUCUUCAGAACAUCGUGGCAGUGGUUAUGAAAGUAGUCCUGUUGAUUUAUCUAGCCAUAGAUCUGUUGGACGUUUUGGACCUGUAGAUAUGGAUGCACAUUUAGGAGCAGCAUCAAUUGCUCAUUACAGAAAUCUUUCUCAAGAAGAUAACUCAUUUGAAAAUGGACUUAGAAAUGCUGUUCCUGUUAGUAUGUCAGAUACAGAAUCAUCAAUGCAACUUAUUUCUGGUUCUAUGACAUCUCAUGAUAAAGUAAAUGGAGAUCAACAUUCUCUUGGAUCUUUGAAUUCCUCUAAUGCAUUAAGUGUUCCAAUGUUAGCACAUGGACGUGGUCAUGCUCCUCCGAGUCCAUUACCUACCCCUUCUCCACCAGUCGAUGACAGACAUCGAAAUAAACGUAAAGACCAAAGAUUAACAAGGGAAGCCAUGAAGAAAUAUUUGAGAGAGAGAGGAGAUAUGAUUUUGGUAAUUCUUCAUGCAAAAGUUGCACAAAAAUCAUAUGGUAAUGAGAAAAGGUUUUUCUGCCCCCCUCCAUGUAUUUAUCUUUUGGGUGAUGGUUGGAGGAAAAAGCAAGAACAAAUGAUACGUGAUGGAGAAAUAGAACAAGGUGCGCAAUUAUGUGCUUUUAUUGGCAUUGGAAAUUCAGACCAAGAAAUGCAACAACUUGAUUUCAAUGGCAAGAAUUAUUGUGCUGCUAAAACAUUGUACAUUAGUGAUUCUGAUAAAAGAAAACAUUUCAUGCUUUCUGUAAAAAUGUUUUAUGGUAAUGGAGAAGAUAUUGGUGUUUUCCAUAGCAAAAGAAUUAAAGUAAUAUCAAAACCUUCUAAAAAGAAACAGUCUUUGAAAAAUGCUGAUUUGUGUAUUGCAUCUGGCACAAAAGUAGCACUCUUUAACCGUUUAAGAUCACAAACAGUUAGUACUCGUUAUUUACAUGUUGAAAAUGGCAACUUUCAUGCCAGUUCAACACAAUGGGGAGCAUUUACUAUUCACCUUUUGGAUGAUAAUGAAUCAGAAUCAGAAGAAUUCACAGUACGAGAUGGCUAUAUUCACUAUGGUUCAACUGUAAAACUUGUAUGUUCAGUUACAGGAAUGGCAUUGCCUCGUUUGAUUAUUAGAAAAGUAGACAAGCAAACUGCUCUCCUAGAUGCAGAUGAUCCUGUGUCACAACUUCAUAAAUGUGCUUUUUAUAUGAAAGAUACUGAAAGAAUGUAUCUAUGUCUAUCUCAGGAAAGAAUAAUACAGUUCCAUGCUACUCCUUGUCCAAAAGAAUUAAACAAAGAAAUGAUUAAUGAUGGUGCUUCUUGGACCAUUAUUAGUACUGAUAAAGCUGAAUAUACUUUUUAUGAAGGAAUGGGUGCUGUUAAGACUCCUGUGACGCCUGUACCAGUGGUUCAUAGUCUACAUCUAAAUGGUGGUGGUGAUGUGGCUAUGUUAGAAUUAGCUGGAGAAAAUUUCACUCCGAAUCUUAAAGUUUGGUUUGGAGAUGUUGAGGCAGAAACUAUGUACAGAUGUCAAGAAGGGAUGUUGUGUGUUGUGCCAGACAUAUCAGCAUUUCGUGAAGGUUGGCAGUGGGUACGACAGCCUACACAGGUACCUGUUUCACUUGUGCGAAGUGAUGGCAUUAUUUAUGCAACUGGACUUACUUUUACAUAUACUCCUGAACCUGGACCAAGACCACAUUGUCCAGGAGUGGAAGAAAUCUUACGACCUGCAGGAUUGCACCAAGUAGAUGAAAAUCAGUCUCGGGUUACGCCUAAUACAGUACCAGUAGCACCCCCACAUGGUUAUCCUGAAGCCCAUAUGUGAUAUGUUACAACAAAUUCACUUUGACAAUGUAUUGCUUGUAUAUAGAAGAAAGAAAUGCCUUUUAUAUUGCUGAAACUUUUGGAAAAUGGGCACUUUAAUGAAAAGACUGUGUUGUUACAGGAGUGCAUAAUAUUUGACACUGUAUAAAUGCACUUUAUUUGUUGCAUUAAAUGAUCCAUUCCUUUUUUGCACAUUGAGUGUAAUUGUAUACAUUAUUAUUUGGAUGAUAUGCCUAAAAAGAGACUGCUUGAUUUUAGGCAAAGUGUUUUGAAUGGUUCUCUUUGUUCCUCUGCUGGUGUUAAAUUUGAAAUUUAUUAUGGACAAUAAUUCAGUGGUCAGCAACUGGUGAUAAUACAUCAAACAUAAUGAUGGGCCAGCCUUAAAAUGACUUAAAAUUGGCAAUGAUAUUAGUGAUUUUGAUAAAUUCACAUAUUGCAGAUUGCAAGACAAUGUAAAAUAGUGAUAACAAUGUAACAAAAAAAAGAAGAAACUAAUUGAUAUAAAAUAAUGCUUGUAUAUCAAUUUAUUUGGAAUGUUGCAAUUUUAUGAAGCAAAUUAUUUCUAUAUUUAUCUUUGUUUGAAAAUUUUCCCUUUACAAGAUCAUCAAAAUAUGUCCACUUCCUUUUUUAUCAAUAUAAAAUUAAUGUAGGUAAUAUCAGGUGUUUUAAACAAAGUGUAAUAUUCACAUAAACAUACACAUCACGUGUAAGAAUUGGAUUAUUUUAUUUGGUUCUAGCAAGUUUAAAAAUCAAAGAUCAUUUCUAAAUAUGAUAUAUAAUACAUGAUGGCUCAAAAAAAUAACUUUUAAAAUACCUAUCAAAACUUGACAAAAUUAUAUUUUUCCCAUAUAUAUAAAAUAUAUAUAUCUAGGGAAAUCAAACAAAGACACAAACAAAUUUUUAUACAAAUUUGUCAAUAUAACAUUGAUUAAUUGACUGAUAGAAGAUAAGAACAAAUAGUAUUAAGUUUGUUGAAUUAUUACAUAUUUUAUUUUUCUUUUGUUGUAAUUUCAACUUAAUUGAUAUUAUAAAUAGGAAAUCAAAGAUUAUUGGACACAUGAGUUAAUUAAAAAUAUAUAUAUAUGUUUUUGAUUCACCAUCAGUAUACCGUAUUUACUCGCAUAUAAGAUGAAGAUUUUAUUAAUUUAUCACAGCUUCAAAUUGCUAGGUUGUCCUACAUGUGUGAACGAAAGAUUCUUUGCAUUCUUGCAAAUAAUUUUUGUGAAUCGUGUAUUUGCAUUUUUUACCAGAUGCUUACCCUCUUGUAUUUAAAAACAUAAGUAUUUUAUCUGGAUCAUUUGAAUUGUUCUUGUAUAUUGUCAGG